UAUCGCUCUCUUUUCCCGUUGAUUUACUUUAAUUGCACGUUUAUCAUUAAUCGUAAUCUUCAAUAAUGAUCAUUCAACUGUUCGCUCAAUGUAUAUCAGUACUAAGAAUCUAGGGUUUUAUAUGCUUAUACGUAAUUUGGGGUUUUCGUUUCGAUCAGCUAUUAUAUGGUUGUUUUGAUUUGCUCGUAAGAGAGUUUGCUGUAACUUCAUAAUUGAUUGAUCCUAUCUUAUUCUGCGAAAUUGGGGUUCGGGUUUUGUAUACUCUAAUUUUCGCAACUUGUCUGCUCCUUUUCGUGGAGUAGUCAUAUUUGUCUUUAUUGCUGAAUUAUUUAUGAAUAUAUGUCAGUGGAGCGUGCAAUAAUGGAUCGUGGAAAAAGGCCAGGCCGGUCGCUUGCUGCACGGAAUAAUCAGAUUUAUAUGGAUCUUAAGGACAUUGUCAGGGAACAUGCCCUUCCCUUCCUGCCUGCCAAAUCACUUUUCAGAUUCACCACUGUUUGUAGGGACUGGAGACUCCAGAUUUCCUCUCCAUUUUUCGCCCACAAUCAGUCACUUUCCUGUCGCAGUACAUCAGGCCUCUUUCUCCAGACUCCUGGUGGUUCUCCUUCUCUCUUACCCAUCGGCGCAAACUUUUGUGGGGUUCCAGAUCCAUUCCUUAGGUUUUUGCCUGAGCCUGUCGACAUCAGGUCCUCCUCUAAUGGACUGCUUUGCUGCCAAGGUCAUGGAGCUGACAAGGCCUAUUACAUAUGUAAUCCCGUUACUCAGCAGUGGAAGAAACUUCCAAAAUCAAAUGCUAAUCAUGGAUCAGAUCCAGCAGUUGUGCUCUUAUUUGAUCCAUCGUUGCUCAACUUUGUCGUAGAGUACAAAAUUAUCUGUGCAUUUCCAUCCACAGAUUUUGGUGAGGCAACUGAGUUUGAAAUAUAUUCCUCCAAAGAGGGUUCCUGGGAAAUUGCCGGUGAGAUCUGUUUUGGAGCUAGGAGGGUUAUACCAAAAUCGGGGGUUCAUGUUAAUGGUGUUGUUUACUGGAUGACAACUGGUAGUAUUCUUGCUUUUGAUCUAACCAAAGAGAGGUCACAGCUCCUUCAAGACUAUGUCGCUCGUGGGAUUUUGGGGGCUUUUAGUGGAAAGCUCUGUAAGGCUAAUGUCUCUGGUAAUUCAAUCAUUGUAUACGUUUUGGCUAAUGCCCAUUCAAAUACGAUGCAAAUGGGAAGCAAUACCAGAAUGUGGUCAGAGAAACAGCGGAUUGUUCUUGACAGUAAAAUUGUUGGGGAUGUAGCAAGGGACUACUCGGUCUUACAUGUUGACGGUGAUAUAAUGGUGGUUCAUAGCAGGGAAAGAGUGUAUUCAUAUGACUUCAAGUCCCGUGCAACAGAAGUUAUGAGCAAUGUAUCCGACAUUUAUAAUAUGCGAUGCUUGCCCUAUGUGAACAACCUAGUCUCUCUCUAAUCUGCCUUGGCUGCUAUAGAAGGUUCUCUUUGUUUGGAGCUGCAACCAGCCUAUUGGGGAACACAAGCUGUCUUUUCAGAAGAAUGCUUGUCCUGAGGGAAUAAUAUUUUUGAUGUUGUGUUGCAGUCUCUUAUAUACAGCAUUGGCCCUUCUCUAUUUAUUAGACUAGUUUUCUUAUUAGUAACUUAUUAGAAUUACAGUUUGUGGACUAUUAUCUUAGUGGAAGAUCUUGUUCGAACUCCGUGACUACUACUUUCUUGUC